AUGGCCGAUACCUUCAGGAGGCCCGCCGAGCUCCUCUUCGUGUCAACCCCCUCCCCUUCUUCGAGAUGUUGUCCAAAUAAGAGCACCGGAACUGACGGAGAAGCUUUCAAUGACACAGCACAACGGCAUCCGAACCUGAACCUCACGCAGGAGGAAAAGCGCGUCUUCUAUCAGCUCUUCCAGGUCGCAGAUACCACCAACCUAGGCGUCAUCACCGGCGAAAUUGCAGUUCCCUUUUUUGAGAAGACGAAGCUUCCGUCCGGUACCCUCGGAGAGAUAUGGCAGCUUGCGGACAAAGAGAACAGGGGUCUUCUUACCCCAUCCGGCUUUGGCAUUGUGCUGCGAUUAAUUGGCCAUGCACAAGCCGGACGCCAGCCAUCCGAUGAAUUGGCUUUGCAGCGCGUCUCGGUAGAUGUAAACGCUCCUAUCCCAGAGUCCGGCACAAUUAGCCCUCCGCCUCCGCCGGGCGCUGGUGCUCCUAUUCGGGUGCCGCCCCUGCAGCCCGAUGAUGCUCAGAAAUUCCUCUCUCUGUUCGAGAAGUCGGAUGUACAGAACGGAAUUCUCUCGGGCGAAAUCGCUAAACAGAUAUUUGAGCGCGCUAGACUGCCAAAUGAGGUGCUUGGUCGGAUUUGGUUCCUUUCAGAUACCAAGCAGCGCGGAGCUCUCGAUGCCACAGAAUUCAUCAUCGCUAUGCACCUUCUGACCUCCUAUAAGUCGGGUGCUCUACGUGGCAUUCCCCAAACACUGCCACCUGGUCUAUAUGACGCUGCAGCCCGCCGAGGCGGUGGUCGGGGAUCGUUUGGAUCGCGCGCCGAUGUCCCUCCCGUCCCAGCAAUCCCUAAGCAGUUCACUGGCCCGCAGCGGACUGCCAGCCCUAUGAGCCCCACUAGUCGUACUCAGUUCGGCGGCCAGCUAUCAGCCCAGACUACCGGAGAUUGGCUGGUCACACCCCAGGAGAAGGCGCAUUUUGAUACCAUUUUCGAGACUGUCGAUACAGCCAAGGUGGGUGUGAUUACAGGCGAUCAGGCCGUUGCAUUCUUUAUGAAGGCUCAACUACCGGAAGAGGUUCUUGCGCAAAUCUGGGAUCUUGCUGAUAUCGAUGCCGAUGGCCAAUUGACUCGUGAGGAGUUCGCCGUUGCUAUGUAUCUCGUGCGGAUUCAGCGCAGCGGAAAGGACAAUCUGCCGCAGGUGCUUCCUCCGGCUUUGAUCCCGCCCAACAUGCGUCGCCAGGCUCCUGUCCCAGCUGCUGCGCCGGUCCCAGCUCCUACGCCUGCCCCCGUACCGCGAUCUGCCGCGGAUGAUCUUUUCGGUCUGGACUCGCCUCCGAUGGCACCGACCCAGCUGCCUCAGCCCACCGGCGGAUCCAACGCUGCAUUCCAAGCUCCUAGCUCGCCUAUUUCUAGACUUUCGCCGCAGCCGACAUCUUCUUCGAUUUUCAAGCCAUUCGUGCCUUCAUCGUCCUUUGGACAGAGCCUGCAGCCCCAACAGACGGGCGCAUCCGCAGGUACACCAAAUUUCGCUCGCUCGCCCCCGCCCCCGGCGGAUGAUCUCUUGGGAGACAAUGAUCCUGAAGAAUCGAGCAAGCUUACGAGUGAGACCACUGAACUCGCAAAUCUGUCGAAUCAGAUUGGCUCUUUGGCUAAGGAGAUGGGCAAUGUGCAAGAGAAGCGCACGACUGCUGAGCAGGGUAUCUCCCAGACUUCGCAACAGAAGCGUGAUUUCGAGGCUCGUCUUGCACAAGCCCGUACAAUGUAUGAGCAGGAGGUGGCCAACUUCAAGGCACUCGAGGAGCGCCUGAGAACCUCCAAGGCCGAGACAGCUAAACUGCAACAGGAGUAUGCCUUAGUUGAGGGUAGUCGUCAGGAUUUGCAGAACCAGUAUACCCAGGUUGCGACGGCACUGGCUGCUGAUCAGCAGGAGAAUGCCAACCUGAAGGAGAAGCUUCGUCAGGCAAAUGCCGAGGUUGCUCAGCUCAAGCCUGCGCUCGAGAAGGCCCGCUCCGAAGCUCGUCAGCAGAAGGGUCUUGUUGCUAUCAACAAGAAGCAGCUUACUACAGUCGAGGGCGAGCGGGACAAGACCCAGGGCGAGAUCGAUAGCCUUGCCUAUCAGUCUCCUCAGUAUACUCAGGAGCCUGCGACUCCCGUCAGCGCUGCGGAGAUCACCAGCCCAGCUGCUUCUACCGCAAGCCACAACACGAAUCCCUUCUUCCGGCAAAACACGGGCACCCCAAGUGAGCACGCACGCUCCCCCGAGCCUCCCACUGAUCAGCAAAAGGCAUUUGACAGCCUCUUCGGCCAGUCCUUCGUUGGUGGAGUCCACGGCGCCCCGCCAACUUCGUUCCGUGCCGACUCGCCUACUACGUCCAAUGUCCCAACUCCAUCCGUGUCGCCGCCCCCUGGAAAUCUUCCUGGCGCUUUCCCUGGCCUAGCAGCUGAUAUUCCGCCGGCCAGCCAGUCCCGCCAGCUUACCCCGAAUUUUCUUCCCUUCAAUGAAACCCAGUCCGUGACCUCGUCUACUGUGGUCUCGCCCCCUGGUAGCAGAUUCGGUGGUCCUGAGACCUCAGAGUUUGAUAUCGCUUCCCAAGCCAAUGCUAGUGAUGCCGGAGCGCCGUCCGUGAGCGCAUCAAGCGAUUACAGCCGUACUCCAGCGGCAAAUUCCUUUGAAGGUACCCCAGCACGAUCCCCAUUCGAGGAGAUUCCGGAGCCGACUCCAAUUGUAGCUGAGAGUGCUGUCUCUCCCGCCUCCGAGAACCAGGAAACUGCUAAAGACCUGUCCUUUGACGAGCUUUUCGGUAGCAAGGCCCACAAGCGGUCGGAAUCCCAGAAGGAAAACGACUUUGAAGAAGCAUUUGCGACCUUGAAGCAGCCUGGAUCUGACCCCGCUGCUGCAGCACCCGCCUCAGAAUUCCCUCCCAUCCAGGAAGUCCAUGACGAUGAGGACGAGGACGAGGAGAGCUCGGACGAGGAGGCCCCGCUGGGAUUUGAUGAUGAUUUCACUCAAGUCUCGCCGUCCACUACCAAGAAGGACAAGCAGCCCGAGUCCCUCGACGCUGCCCAGCUUGCUGCCUUUCCUACCCCGGGAUCAUCUGUGCCUCAGCCACCGGCUCCCGACGCUCAGCCAAGCCCCCCUAAGUAUGAAGCUGCCACUUCUGAAGAGACUAGCCACGUACCUCCAGAGUUCAGCGGCCUUCUUCCCGAGCGCUCAGAUCCCACCGCUGCCCCAGACGCUCCCCACUCAGUGGAAUCCAGUACUGGAGCCCCAGUUAUUAACAAUGUGCCUCAGCAUGACGAUGCCUCUAUGGCUGCUACUGCUGCUGCUGCUGCAAGCAAUGGAUCCAAGAGUGGACCGGAUUUUGAGGCAGCCUUUGCCAGCUUCAACCUUGCGCCUGCGGCGGAGGCGGAGGAUGAUGAUGAUGAUGACGACGAACCCGCGGGUCAAGCUCAAAAGAACGCUCCCGACUUUGACUUUUCAUUUGAUUCACCUUCUCAAAAGAACACCGCUUCCUCUAGCAUAGAUGCUGGCCAUGCAGGCUCGUCUGAAUUUUUCUCUUUCGACAACCCCUAUGCGACGACUGCUCAGACCACCGCUUCGCCGAAUGGGGCUGACGCGAAAGCCGGGGACCAUGAUUGGGAUACUCUCUUUGCACCUCUUGACGGCGCUAAGCCCGCUACCGGCGAAGAUCCUACCAAUGGAUCCGACCCUAAGUCACCUGGAUGGGCUCUCGCCACCGACACGGGCGAAGAUGACCUGAUCCUGAAGCGGCUCACGGGCAUGGGAUUCCCCCGCGACGAUUCACUUGCAGCGCUGGAGAAAUUCGACUACAACCUUGACAAGGUGAGCUCAGAAACCAAUCCAACCAUGCCAAACAAACUAACUAGAUACUAG